AUUCAUUUUAGUGGCAGUUGGUUCAUGGUCAGUUGACUGGACACCAAUUUGCCUUAUGGUAAGGACUAAGGACCAUGGAUCCUUUCACUUCCUUGUUAGAUGAAUUUCCUGGUGUGGAAGCAUGGCAUUUCACAUGACCCAUGUGCUAGUGCGGUUUACGUGGGACAUUGGCCAGUAAUUUUUCUGGUUAUUUUACCAACUUGAUGCAAGACUUUCAACAGUAUUAGAGUAUUAGGUGCUCUGGUGGUAGUGCUUUGGUAUAAGUUGUCUGACAUUGAAGGUCACAUGUUUAGAGAAGGCCGUGGCAGCGUAGCUAACACCUGUGCAUCAGCAGCUUCAAGUAUUUGAUUUUCACGUCUGAGCUGAAUCUCUGCAAUCUUGGUAGGCUAAUUUUUUACAAACUAUCAAGUAGAUCAAGUACAUGCAUCUUUGCAGCUGCUGUAAUCAAGUACAUGCAUUUUUGAGCUUUGUACUGAUGAGUCAGCUCAACAGUCUUCACUCUUCACUGAUCAUGGGAUCAUCACAGGCUCACAUGGUAGGUAGUAAUCAUCGGUGGUAUGGAUAAUCAGGUGUAUGUACUGAGCACACCUCUUGACACUAGUAUAUUCUUACACCUUCAACUGAAAACUUCAGGACUUCAAAUUAGCUUCACACACCCAUAACUAUCGGCGUCAUUAAUCCUUGUAAGUUGCAACUCUGAUGAGUUAUGUUCUGGAGUUUUCACCAUUCAUAGCAGGGCGUGCUUGGUAUCAACUAGCACACACCAUUCAUAGCAGAUGUGCUCGUACCAGCGAGCGCACGCCGCAUAUUUAUUGGCGUUGGGGCAGCUGGAGAAAUCAAGUAGCCUAUCACUCAUCGGAAAGAAAUCACGUGGAAAGUGAGAGAAUUGGGAGGUAACAACUGGUGAUAAUGAGGAUGGAAAGGAAGGAGGUUCUAGAGUUUGUGUAAUGGAGAAAUGCUACCAGGGAGAACGACAUGGGCAGAUCUCGAGGAGGAAGAAAAAUAUUGGCAGUCUGUAUCAUUUUCUUAGAUGAUAUAGCUAGUGAUUCUAUAUAUCCUCUAGCUAGUGGAUUGUACACAUCCCUUUAUUGACAAUCUUCCGGCCACCUUCCACUCUACCCCGUGUAAUGAUGAUUGGUUGUUCGCUGAUGCUGACCGGAGCUGAAAUACAAUUGCCAUUUGCCUUUGCUUGAUUUCUCUUGGGCCCUCUGCACUCCUUAUUCAGACCUACUGUUUCUCCAUUAACCGAUUUCUGGUGGCGAUUGUUCAUACGAAAGGUAAGAUUCCUGCUGCACAAUUUUCUCAGCUAUGUUUAUCAUCUUCAUGCCGACGCAUAUCAUACAUACAUACACCUUGCAUAUUUUUCCUGGAUCCUGUUGUGUUGACACAUGACUGGCACUCCACAUCAAUUCGAACUAGUGCAUGCAUUUGUGCAGGUCGCUCUCUGUGAAUUGUCCUGGCCCUGUAGUGGGUUGGGUUGGGUGAUGCUUACCGGUUGCUCAUGCGCACAGUUGGACUCUCUUUCCUCCACAUGCCUGUGAUGGAGAAGUAUUACCGGGGCAUGUGGAUCAGAACAGUAGUUUAAUCUGACAGCUGAUGUACUGUUUUAACCGAACGUAGACUAAUCCCUGCACAAGUUUGUUAAAUAUUGCAGGUUAUUGGAGGAGACAGGCCCUGGUAGCACCGGCUGUUGACUGCUCUCCUGUCUGUACGUUAAUGGCCGUCCCUUUCCGUUCACAUAUAUACACACACGUACAAGAGAAGGCAAAGGCAAAGCACCAACUCCUCAAGAGGCACAUCCUUGCUUGCUUACUUGCCUCUCGUGUUCUCUUCUCCAUAGCUUGCAGAUAAGUAAAGCUUGUCCGUUGUGCAGAGAGGGGAGGUGUAUAGGCGCAGAUGGAAGGGCUGCAGAGAUCGUCUUCCACUUUCAGAAGGUCCGGCUCGUCGGGCCUGGUGUGGGACGAGCGGUUCCUGACCGAGGGCGCCGAGGCGAAGGCCGCCGGCGAAGGCGGCACCGAUGAAGCCCAGCCGGAGAUGCGGCGCUCCCGGAGCACCGGCGGCGUCGGGAUGAUGCUGCGCCGCGGCGGCGACGACAAGAAGCAGCAGGAGCAGCAGCAGAAGAAGGAGCAAGGCCUGAAGAAGAAGGACGAGGGGCGCGAUCAGCAGGUGUUCCGGACCAAGGAGGUGGCUCCGGACAUGGACCCGCCGUCGCCGAGGGUGUCCGGCUGCAUCCUCUGCGCCAUCUUCGGGGGCUCCGGCUCCGGCUCUGGCCCCGCGGCGCGCCGAGGCCGCGCCAAGCCGAAGAGGAGGCAACGGUCGGCGGUGUAGGGUCUGAUCGGGCCAUGGUGGAUGUCAUGCGAGCUGUGUUUAUACUGGAGUGAUGAUGAUGAUCAUAUACUACUGAUAUUGGUUGGUUUGUAUUGUACUCUGCUCUGCGUUAUUGCCUCUUAGUCUAUACGUGUCAGGUUAGUUUCUCUUUUUUGUUUAGUUUCUUGAUUCAGAUCCGUGAGCAGCAGCUGUUGAGAUCUGUGAUGUUCUUCCUUGAUCUGGCGCAUGAUCUUUUUUUCCUCUUUC